UUGCUGCUGCGGGAGUUUAGUGCCAUCAAAGCGUUUGCGCAGCAGCCGCAAUUCAUUCCGCACUUGGCAGUCGGGCGACACAGACGUUUCGUUGGUUUCGAAUCGAACAAAAGCGCUUAAUUCGGAUAGUUACUUACAGAUUGUUAAAAAAAAACUUAUAAACAAAGUGUAUUUAGCCCACCGUCCGAGCGAACGAAGUCAGGGAGCUUUUUUCUGUUGAGCUAACUGAAUAUUUUUUCAAUUCGUUGGUGAUUUUGAGUUUGAAAACAAAUAAUAGAGUUAUUUCCCCAGAGUGUGCUUAAUUUUGACUACUUAACCAUGAAGGAAACGAUUGAACAACUGGCAGGUUCGGAGCUAACGGAAAAUAUGCUAAAGAUUGCGAAACGCGAACUGCGUGAAGAUAAAUGCUCGCGUGAACAAAGCUUGGAACAAAUGCGCAACUGGGUACUUAAACACGAAGACUUACGAAAUGUACGACUCGACGAUCAAUUUCUACUACGUUUCCUGCGUUGCAAGAAGUUCAGCGUCCCUAUGGCCCAACAAACACUACUCAAAUACCUGAAUGUACGACGCACUUUCCCGCAUAUGAGCACACAGUUAGACUUUCUAGAUCAAAAGUUGAAUGACAUUAUUAGCAGCGGUUACAUUUUUGCCUCACCGAAUCGUGACAAGCACGGACGUCGUAUUGUGGUAAUCAACGCCAAAGGCUUCAAUGCAAAGAUCUACAACAGUAGUGAUCAAGGGCGUGCACAUUUCCUCACCUACGAGUGUCUCAUGGAAGAUCAAGCUACACAAAUUUGUGGACUUGUUCACGUCGGUGACUUUUCCGGCGUCACCACAACACACGUGACCAAUUGGAAUCCUACCGAAUUUGCGCGCGUCUUCAAGUGGAGCGAACAAUCGCUACCGUUGCGACACAAAGAGAUACACUUGGUGAAUGUGCCGGCGACGCUGAAAUGGUUGAUCGAUUUCGUUAAGGGGCGUGUCAGUUCAAAAAUACGCAACCGCCUCACUCUCUAUACACAAGACAAAGAAUUGGGGAAACAUGUUGAUCCAGCUUGCCUGCCACAAGAAUUGGGUGGUCAAAUACCGCUCAAAGCGAUGGUUGAACUUUGGAAAGCGGAAUUGCUCGCCAAACGCGAGACUAUACUCAACUUGGAUAAGAUUGCGCUGUUAAGCGAUCGCGACAUCUUGCGCAAAAGAAAUUACAGUACCGAGAAGACUAGCAACGGCAUGAAUUUCGUGUCGCAGAUCGAGCCAAUCGAGGGCAGUUUUCGAAAACUGGAGUUCGAUUAAGUUUCAAAAAGUAGUGGGUUAUAUGUUUCAAAACGAAAGAGAUGAGAUGGGAGACGAAUGAGCCAAGCUCACAGGUGCUGUGUUGAUGUGCGUGUUGUGUUAAUUUACAUUACUUAAUGUUUAAGUUUAAGAGUUUACGAAGAGCAAGCAAUUAUAAACGAUUUAGCUGGCGGGCGUAGAAAUGAACGGUCUUGUGAAACGAACGCUUCAUUUGGUGGCUUUGUUUAGUAUUACAUAUAGAAAGUACGUGUAAAGACAAUUGACUUAUACAUACAUACAUGUAUGUAUAUACAUAUAUUUAUACGAGCGUAUAGUGUUAUAUAUACUUUAAAUACAAAUACAAUGCUUCGUGCUUUUGUGUAACUGCGUAAUGGCUAAAUAAAUCAUUUGCUUACUUUUUAAAUAA